GUGCAUUACUUCAGUUCAGUGAAGUUAUCCUUGUAAAUAUUGGUUAAUUUGGUUUCUUUUCCUCUUCUCCUCUUGCUUUGGUCGCUAUAAAUCGCAAACAUUAUGGACGAGGAGUUGAUGUGUGAAAGUCUGAUGAAAUGGGUGAGUUUAAAUGGUGGAAUUCCAGUUGAUUGUCAUCUUUCUAGUUCUCUCUUUGGCGACAUAGCUAUCCUGAAGAAUUUGCUCAAUUUAACCUCUGGUCAUAUCGUUGUAUUAACAAUAGAUAUGAAUUUCGCAUCAAUUUUCCCUUCCUGUAGGUCGGUACCUUUGAAGGAAUAAAAGCUCCGCAUAAAACCAUCGAGGAAUUGACUGAUGGCGUCGCUCUUUCAGAAUGUUUAGCCGAAAUGUAAGUGGAUUGUUAAGCUUAAUUACACAAUAUUCAAAAAGUCCUAAUGGUUAAUUUUAUUUUUGCAUUUUGGUACAUUCUCACUAUCAAACUCAAAGGCUUUGGUGAUAUUGCCCGCUUCCGAUUUCGAUAAAUUUGAUUUUUUUGGCUGAUUUUAGAUGCUUAUCGCUCGGAAUGAACAGUUGACUUCUAUCUUGAAAAUUGUAAAGACUCCAACUGUUCUGUUUGGAUAACUACUGUAUAUGAACGAGCUAUUGUUGAUUAUUUGAAUGACAUAAACUGCAUUGGAUUUGUCCUUCCUAAUUUUGCUUCAUUACUACUUGAAACGGUUUGAAUUUAACAUAGGUUAGUCUCGUGUAAGAAUGUAUUCAUGACAAUUCCCCAUCACUUUGUAUGUGUCAGUGUUAAGUUUUGUAUCCAGAAUUUCACACUGUCACGUAUCCCUUUUCUACGGUUAAACUUUAUUAGGAUUUCCUAAUUUAAAGUGAUGCUUAAUAGGACUUAUUUAAAUGUCCAUAGACCCAAGCUGUUUCCUCAAAUUUAUUAGUUAGAGCCACUUCCAGGAUCAUAAGCAAUUGUAUAAUUAUUGUUUCUUGAGUUACCUUGUCUCUCUAGAAGGUGUGGGGUUUUUAGCUAAAAAAAUGGUGUGUUGGUUAAGAUUACAACUGAACUGGCUCAAGUGGAGUUCAAUUAACAAAAUUUUGUUCCCAAUACUUUGCAACUCCUUUAUGGCAUGGCUAAAAAACUACACAGUAACAAGAUGUAGAAUGCAGGAAAUGUAAAGAGGAUGUCACAAACAAUUUCUUAAAACAACAUUGUAUUCCAUCUAUCAUAUGUGUUAUAGAAGCACUGAUGCUUAAGAUAGUCAGGAGUUUAUUCAAACCUCAUACCAAGGAUAUGUUUCUAUGUCAAAUUUUUGUGUGUGCAUUACCAGUAGUUGCCAUUCAAAAUCCAGCGGGCAAUUAUCUCUUUCUAUGUCAGCAAUUUAGCCAAUAGUAGGCAAUUACCAACAACCCAGAAAGCCUUAAUUUUCAAGCUAUUUUGCAAACAAGGGGAUUCAGAAGGCCAACUUAGUUUAAUAAGAGGCCCGAAUCCUGGCCCUCAAACCUACAUUGUUCCUUCAUUAGUUCAUUGGUAAAUGAGAAUUUCCUAAUUUGUAGUGCUCCAGAUUGGUUUGAUGAUGAGUGGGUGUCUAAGAUUAGACAUGAUACUGGAGAUAAUAGAAGACUCAAAGUAAGUUGUAUGCUCUUCUAUGUCAGAGAGUAUUUUGAAUACUUAUUAGCAAUAGGGUACUAAAUACUGUAAUGUGAUGAAUCUGUCAGUGCUCUCCAGACACGCCAACAGCCAGUGUUUUUUGCUCACCACCACUGUUGUUCCUUGUGCUGGCUACUUCAAGAGACAAAAAUUCUGAGGAGUAGCGUGCCACCAAACCUCUCUAGAAACUGACAAGCCCAACAGGCACUUGCUCUGCAAGCACUGGCUACUUCAAAUUUUUAGCUGACUACAUGAAAAUAUGAGGAGAGCACCGAUGUGUUCCUUGUUUGAGUUACAUGCACUUUGUAUGUAAUAGCUGUUUUCAGCUGUAGCUUGCUCUUUGACAUGAGUGGUGUAUCACAGAGUGAUAGAGCUUUUUUGACCUGUUUUCUAGGUAAAUAAUCUCAAGAAGCUUGUGAAAGGAAUCCAUGAUUACUACACUGAGGUGUGUAUAAUUUACAUUUUGGAUGUUUAUCAGUGCUUUUCACUGCUAUAUCAUUUUAUACUUACCCAAGUAAUUAAUGCAAAUAGGAAGAUUCUUUUUAACAUGUUAAUUUAUAACUUUAUUGUUAGUGAAAUCCUUGUACAAAUUUGUGAAUAUUGCACACUCAGUGUCAGGGUUCUCCUUAGAAGGCACAGUUCUGCAAACUGUAACUGUUUUUGGUCACUGUUGCAAGUGUUGCAAAAUAUUUGGUGACUAAAUUAAUUUGCAGUAAAAGUCACCAAUUUGACAACCUGUGUUUAUUGGUUCAUGGGUAUCAGUUAGCUGAUUUGAAAUGCACACUGGCAAAUUGUUGGCUGACAACCAGGUUAUUAACCCUCUGCUCUAUAACAUCAGCAUGCAUAUUCUCCACACUGUUCUCUUUACAUUUCCUUAGGAACUGUCAAGGAGAAUUUUCUUAACAAUCAGGCCUUGGUUGCUUGAAAGUCAUAGAACACUAUCCACUGGAUAAAUCUCUAUCCAGUAGAUAAUGCUAUAUGUUUUGCUAUCAUUUAUCUGCUGGAUAGAAAUUUAUCCAUUGGAUAGCAUUAUGUGCCCUUCACACAACUGGAUCAGGAGCUUUUUUAGUUGGUGAUCAUUCCCUCUCUUCUCCUGACCUCAAUGUUUGUUUCAUGGGUGAUAAUGUAAGAAGAAAUUGAAUGCUAGUCACUCUUAUGGGUGAAAGGGAUAAUCAUAUUGAUUUUUCUUUUGAUUUCAUGGUGUAGGUGCUCACCAUGGAUAUCUCAGGGUUUCCAAUGCCUGAUGUCAAUGCCAUAGGUAAGAACAUUGUUUUAAACUUAAUAUUUAUUGCAGACUUAAAGUUAUAUUUCUUAGCUGGCAAAGGGUUGAUUAGGGAAAGAGUCAAGUCAAUGGUUUGUCAUUGCUCUGAAGAAAUCAAUUGCAAUACUAAUUAGGCUAUCUCCUAAUUAUAUCAAUCAAUUUUCAAGACAAAUGGUAAUAAGAAGAAAGAAAAUAUCAACUGCAGGAUAUUGAUUGAUUUAGCAUUAAAUUCUCAGAGCAAGAAUUUUAAGAAAUGUGAAGACAGGCAAAAAAGGGAAAGUCUGUACUUAAUCCUGGUGACCCUCCCAGCCUGAGGUUCUCCCUAUUUCCUUAGCAUGAAGUGACUGGGAGUAUUACUAAUUCUCCCUAGAAUGGAAUGCUGGUUCAUUGCAAGGUUACCCCCUAGCUUUUCAUCAGGCUUCCCUAAAAAAAUUUUUCUGGUAAUCAUUUAUACUCCUGGGUGGAGAGAGACACUGUUAGGGGAAAGUGUCAUGCCUGAGAACACAAUGCAUUGACCUAACCAGGUCUGGAACCCAGCCCUUUCAACCUGGAGUCCAGUACACUGACCAUUAGGACACUGGAAGACAUAGAGGAGAAUUGAUUUCUAGAUCUUGGAAGUGAAAGGGUUAAGGUGAAAAAUUAUCCAGACUACUAUACCCAACAAACACCGUCCUUUUGAAGGCAAGUGGGAGGGGGAAAGAGCUAGGUAAACCCUCUAGCCAAUGUUCUAAGUCACUUUAUGAGUUUAAGAUUUUACUAUUAUUAUUAUUUAUUAUUAUUAUUAUUAUUAUUAUUAUUAUUAUUAAAUUUUACUUUUUAAUUACUAUUUCCUCUUGCUGAUUUCUACAGUUGAGAGUCAGGAAAUCUCUGACCUUGGCAGACUAUUACAGUUGGUUCUUGGCUGUGCUGUUAACUGUGAAGACAAGCAAGGUUAAUCAAAUCUUCUGUCAUAUAUUAUAUCAUGUUCUGCUCUAUCCUUGAUAAUAGGAAGCCAAGAAAUUGCUGGUUACUCAGUUGGAUUUCACUGGCUUUUUCAGUUGUCAAGCCAAGAUGUAGUAGUAAAGGCAAUUAAAAAAAAAAUUAUUAUUGUCUAAAAUUGAUUCCACACAUUACCCACUUAGAAUCUGAAAGACAACCCUAAUUUCCUUGUUGGUUACUGUUUAAAUCAAAUGGUACUGUACUUAACUGUAGCUUAACAUUUUAAUGGAGUUUACACCGUGGCUGAUUUCUGUAUAAUUAUAACAAUUGUUACUUGUGAUUUCUGGGGUUUGAUUAUUUUUUUAUAGUUUAAAAAAUUUUUUCUUUCCACAGAAUAUAUUCAAGUUAUUAUGUCUAUGGAAGAGUCUGUACAGCAUGUGGUCAUGAUGGCAAUACAAGAGGUAGGUGUGAAUUUGAUUUAUGAAAGACAGAGUACAGUUGGGUUUCAUUUUAUAGUUUACAAUGUUUUUUUUCUCUCAGCUGAUGGCAGGAAAAGAAAGUGGUUUGCCUGGGACAGACAGUGAAAUGUUUAAAGAACUAGAGAUACAGGUCAGAUACAUACACAUUAUGCUUGGUGUUGUGAUUUUUAGAACUUACUGAAAACAGUGUCACCUUGUAUAUACUUAUCUAAUUUUUGACAAUAUCAUUAUCAUGCUGGCUUUUUGAAAGUCUCAGACAUUUACAUUAUGGAAAGCAAUGGAAAACAAGAAUUAUUUGAACUUGUACAUUUACAUAAAAUUAAUUUUAUUUGUACUCUGCUGAUUAUCAUUUUAUUGAUUGAAAUAGAAAAGAUGUGGGCAUUAGAUAGACAUACAUGUAGAGAAAUUACUAAUGUCUUUAUAGCUGUAAAGUUUAUGCAAUACAAUUUCAUGAUAAUGCAGUGGAUAAUGGUAGUCUAGAAAGCUAGGCAUGCAUCCAAAUUAAACUAGAUGUAUUGUAGAUCUCAUAGACAUCAUCCUUCACAUGUGAAAAUUGACUUUGAAAAGGGAUGUCAUACCACUUUGUUUAACUUAAAGAAACCUUUUCCUCUCUCCCUGCCAUUCCUUCAACUGUUCCUUUUUUUUUUACAUGACCAGCAUAAGAGAACACUUGAACAGCUUAGUAGUAUGGCAGCUGAAAAAGAGGAACUAUCACAGAGAUGUCAUGAACUGGAUGAACAGGUAAUGAACCAAAAAAAAAAAUAAGGCCAAUGGUAAUUUUUUCUAGGCAAAUAUUGAUGUAGUCUAAGAUCUGUGUAACAAAACUGGGUUAAUUAAAUCAAUUGAAGGCUUAAUAGUAACCUUUUUGUUCAAUGAGGGGAAAAUAAGCAAACUCUGCUCAUUUAGCUUGUCCUAUUUUGCUGUACUUUUAUAUCAAUAACUUCUCACGUAAGAAGGAUGGGAUUUUCAGUCAAAAGAAAUGAGGUCAUUUCAUAAUAUUUCUAACAGGAAGUUUGCAAGUGAACCUACUUUGUGAACAGUAGCCAGUUUUUUGGUUUGCAUUCAGAUUCACAUUUUGGUUUAUUGUCAUGUAUUGCAAUGUCAGUGGAUCAUAGGGUUAAAUGCAACAAUCAAAUAUUUGAUCUGUGUUGCCUCUCUCUCUCAUUUUAGACUUUUUUGUGAGAACUUCUUUCCAAAUAAACCUUUUUUCCUGUUGUUCUACUUAGUUGUCCUUCAUCAAAGAGCAUGAGGGUAGCUUACAGAUGGAAAAUGAGCGACUUAGAGAUAAACUGAGUCGGCAAGACACAAGUGGCGACAGAGAUGAUGACAUCAGGUAAUUUAAAUGAAUGAAAAAUAAGGAAAGUUUUGUCGGAAAAGAUACUUUUAUUACAUGUAGCAAAGUAACUCAUCUUCAUUCUGACUUUUCGAAUAGAGAUGUAACCUCUUACUCUUAAAGAAAUGUUGAUCUUUGUCUUUAUAAUGAAUGCAUAUAUAUGUGUAGGUAUUUAUUGAUAGGGAGUGAAUAAGUUUAUACUGUAUUUUGUUCUGACUUAGUCUCAAAUUCUCAAAAGUACCAUUAAUACUGGAAAUAAUGUUAGCUAGGAAGGAUAAAUGAAAGUUAGAUUGUGGAUAUUGAAGGGUUAACAUAAGGUGCUCAGUAGAAUUUCACUUAGAGAAAACUUGAAGACUUUUUAAGUUGUAGAGAUCUUUACUAAUUUUACUUUACUAAGCAAGAACUGCUGGUUGGGCACAUGGGGAAGGUGACAAUUAUAACAUUAAGAAGACACAUUUCUGGGAGGGGUAGCUGCACCUGUAUAGAAGUUUGAGAGGGUGGGGCUUGUCUAAAGGAGAACUGGCUAUUGUUUAUAUGGCUGCAAAAAUUAUAGCUCAAGGUCUUUGUAUAUUUAGCUGUUUAGUGCAUUAAUGGAAUUAUGUAGCCAUUGUUUUCAUGAAGGAAAAAUAGAGGAAAAUAUGAAGCUUCAUUCUUCAAUUUUUCUAACUAAAAUGUUUUACUUACAUGUCUAAGUUGGCUGCUUUAAUAAAUUGAUUAAUAUUUGAUGAGGUCACCUGUUGAUACAUCCCAUUCAAUGUGUUUUUUUAUUACUGAAGUCUGGAUAAUGUGUUAAACUUGAGUUUUCAUUAUUAUUUAGAAUGUUCAGUUUGAGGCAAAGGUUGUUAAACUGAUCUGUAUUUCCUCUGUGUAUUUAGUCUUCCCUUUUUGGUUCAUAUUCCAUCAAUUGUUAUCUAUGCACAAUGAUGAAAUUAAAUCAUUUGCUUUCUAGUUUUUCUACUCAAAGAAUGCAUCAGCUUCAGCAACAAGUGGAACAACUCAAGGAAGAGAAUUUCACCAUGGAAACUUGUGAGUUAAAGAAAAUGAUUCGAAAAUUUACAGAAAUGAAUGGAAAGAUUAUGAAGAAGUCUUUGAGCUUGCCUUUUAAAGCCCAGCUUCAAUUUCUGUGUAUACUAAAUUAAUGCAGUGGCAAAGGUUUCUUCUGCAUAAUGAAAUAUGAAAUUCAAAAGGAAUUCAAAGCAGUGCUCGUUACAAAAAUAUACAGUCAUAAAGAUUCAGUGAAUAAUUCCCUCAUCUGUUUUUCUAUUCACUCAAAUUUUAUCAAAUUUACUUGUAAUAUGCUUAACAUGAUAAUUACAAUAAUUUUUUUUUCAGCACGUGAUGAGUUCAAAAUAAAAUAUGAACAGUUGGAACGGGAUGUUCUGAUGUUGAAUGAAAGGGUAUGGUGCAUUUGUGCUUAGUUUGCUCUCUUAAACCGUUUAACUCCAAAGAUCUGAUUGUUAAUUCUCCCCUCUAGCUGCUACACAUUUCCCUCUAGCUAUGACACAUUUCCUUGUACAUUAUUUUCAAGAAUUUGGUGUUAGAUCAAGAUUGCAACCUCUACUUGACAAGUUUGAAUAUUCUCAUUACCUGAUUGUUGGAUAAUGUAAGGAUAUUAUAGGAGGAAGUUACAUUUUAAUCACUCCUGGGAGUUAAAGGGUUAAGUGUUCAAGAGAGUUCACUUCUCUUCCUCUCCAAGGUAUGUACAUGUAGGUAUUAUAAUGUUAGAAGAAAAUUUUGUGGAUUUUGUAUAGGGACAAAAUUAUUUUGCUUUGGAUAUCCUUACAGUCCAUGAACCCUUUAACUCUCAGAAGUGAUUCACAUAAAACUUCUCCCUACAAUAUCCAUACAUUCUUCAGCAAACAGGUAAUCAGAAUAUUCAAACUUAUCAGGUAGAAGCUGUUAUCUUGAUCUAGCACCAAGUUCUCAUAACUAAUUUACAAGCAAAUGUGUAGUAGCUACAGGAGAGAAUUAACAAUCGGUUCUUGGGAGUUAAAGGGUUAAAGCAGUAGAUAGAAUUCAAGUCAUGUUUAUUGCAUCUUAAUUUUCCUAGCAGAUCAUUGUAAUGGAAUUUACACAAUUUACAAAAAAAACAGAGGUCUGACAUGUAUAUGCACAGUGCAAUGCAACAGAUGAGCAUCUCUAAGCUCAACCUAUGUCUUUACCACUAACAAGUCUUAGACUCUAAGCUUGUUUGGUAAUGUUUUUUCUGUGAAUUACACCACAAGUUGUGCUUUUAAGGUUAACUAAUGUGUAAUGAUACUGUAAGUUGUAAAUUUAUUUUGUGCUUGUAAACAGUUUUGUAAGACAGUCGUUACUUGUGUUUAUAAGUUUAAAUUCUAUUCACAGAAUGAGCAAUUGCAGAGCUUAGCUGAAGAAUCUCAGAUGCUGAAAGAUGAAAUGGAUGUCUUACGGCAUUCCCAGGAGAAAGUGGUUUGUAAAUUUUUAUAACACUAUGAUUAAUUUGUCAUAUUAAUUAAUUUUUUUAUGUCUUAAAAUUUUCUCUGGUAAACUGUGUUGUUCUUUUUUUUUGUGGCAGAUUAAGUAUGAGUCAACAAUAGAACUUUACAAGAAGAAACUAGGUAAGUGCAAUUCUUUUACAAGGUAUGCUGAGUAUUAAAACUCUUUUUGUUGAAGGGGAGACUCUUGUGUCAGGACUGAUCACAGAACUGCAGAAUUAACAAAUAAUUUAGCAAUUUUAAAUAUUUCUUUUGGCUUCGUAAAAAUUGCUAACUAGUUUAACAGUUUAUCACAAAAGACCAUACUAUCGUUGCACUUUCUAAUACGAUUUUUACAAUAAUUUGCUUUUAUCGUAUAGAUUGAUUUUGUGUUCUAAAUGAUAUGUUUGUCAUUGCAGAGGAGUUGUCAGACAUGAGGAAACAAAUGAAGGCUUUAGAGGAAAAAAAUGUAACAUAUAUGAAAGAAACCAUGAACUUACAAGAGGUGAACACAUUUAUAUAACAUUACUAUUAAUUAUGGGUAAAUUGAGUAAGUUUUUAAAGAAAAGGUGCUGCUGCUGCAUCAUUGGAGAAUAUUUUAAAGGAUAAAUUGGUUUUAUCAACUGAGUUGAUGACAUUGGCCACUGUAAAGAGUUUCUAAAGUUGAUGUUUCAAGCGUAAGCCAUUCACUGUUUGUUCUAUUACAUUAAAUUUUGUAGUCUAGUGUAUUGUACUCUUAACUUCAUUUAGCAGCAUUUAAGAUAUGCUUAAACAUUUUGAUACAGAGUUUACACCAUUGCAGUGUGGGUCUUUUGAGAUUCUGAUUUUGCCAAAGAUAUGUUAUUAAGUUUACAUCAUUUGUGACAGUGGUCAAUUAUAGCUUUUUAAAUGUAGUUAAGAGAGUCUGUUAAUUACAAUUUGUGUUGCAGGAUCUUAGAAAAGCCAAUGCAUUAAAAUCUCAAGUUGACACAUACAAGAAACAGGUUUGUAAGCAGUCUGGUAUCUGUAAUACUUGUCAAUUAAACUUGUUUUCCAUUUCAGAAGGAAAAUAAAUCCCAGAACAGUAUUGUAUGUUGUUGUGGAGUACCUUUAACCCAAUUAUUUACUCUCUCUUUCUGUUUCUCUUUCUUUUUCCUCUAAACUUUCUCUCUUGUGUAGAUUUUCUGUAAAUUAAAGCUGUAAAAAUAUAAUUUAUUUUUUUCUGUUUCUAUUUUAGGUACAUCAGUUGCAAGUGCAGGUGUCGGAGUUGCAAAGGAGAGCAGACAAGGUGUGUGGAAGAAAUAAACAAGAGUACUUUACUGUAAUAAUCAGUCAUUUUUUCAAGGAGUGUUGCUCUAAUUGUGAAGUUUGUUUAAUAGUUGAUUUAUCUGAAUGCUCUUUGAUAUACAGGCAGAGUUUGAGGCAAAAAAGGCAAAAGAGAAGGUUACAAACCUUGAUGGAGAAAAUGAAGUAGGUGUAAGCUUUUUUAAAGAAAAAAUGAUAAAUUUAAUGUACAGUCAGUAACAGUUUAACUCCCCUGAAUAACCAAGACAGAAUUUCUCCUUAAAAUAUUGCUACAAUGUCAAGUGGGCAAGUAAUGAGAGUAAUAUAAAAUAGGGGAUUAUCUGUUGAUCCAAUACCAAAUUAUUCAAACUGCAUACAGUGUAUGUAACAUCAUAAGAAUUUUGUGGUAGAUAGUAAGGAAAGUUACUAAUGAGAUCUUGGGAGCAGAAGGAUUAAAUGAACAUUAUUUCUUGCUGAUAGUCACAAUUAUCAAGCUUGCAUUACAGUGUUUCUGAUUCAUUUAAGGGGUGUAUCUUAGAGAUGAUGAUUUUACUUCCAUUUCACAGCGUUUAAGACAGGAGAGAAUGAAAUUGAAAGAAGAAAACGAGGAGCUUCAACUUGCUCAAGUAGCAGGUACAUUGUCAUGAUACUUUUUUAUAAUAAACUGAGUGAGUUGCUGAUCUUCUUACCACAUUUGAUGUCAUCUGUGAUCUACAUGUGUUUAACCCUUAAACUCCCAUGAGUGACCAAGACAGAAUUUCUCCUUGCAAUAUCAAUACAAUAUCAAGCAGGCAAGUGAUGAGAAGAAAAAUAUUAAUAAGGGGACAAUAAAUCGAUCCAAUACCAAAUUCUCCAAACUUUUACUAUCUUUCCCUUUUUUAGGUUCUCCAAUGCGUCAUGUAUCUGCUGGGACCCCUUCAAGUGAUGAUUUUGAUCUGGAUGGAUCCAUGUCCCCAGAAGUGAAGUAUGUAAUAAGUCACGAGAGCUUUCAUCAAGCUUUGUUUAACUGUUUCUACUAAGAGGAAUCUGGACACUUUUUAUUUGUUAUUGGUUUUAUCACAAGCAUGAGACAAAGAAAAUAUCCUAGUUCCUAUUGAGGAAUCAAACCCUAGACCUUUAAAAUUUGGGCUUCUUAGCUCUACCACUGAGCUGAAAGAACCUGCUGAUGAACUAAAUAAAGACAACACAGCAGUCAAAAGUAAUGCAUGCACUAGGAGGUCAAUUUUGGCAGGCUGGGCAUCACCUUCUUGUGCAAAAGUUUUGAAGAAAAACAUAAGAAACAACUGCUGUCUUGCAAAGUAAGUGAUAAAAAAUUGAAAUGAAAAUUUGUGAAAGGAAACAAAUGUAAGGAAAAGGAAAACUUCAGAUUUUUCAAAUGCAAAGCUUAUUUAAUUACAGGGAUCCUGUUGAUUUUCCAUUCUGUUUUAAGCUUUACCAGGAAAGUUAUACACUUUUAAAACACAGUCACUUACUUGCUUGUGUGGUUGUUUGCAUCUUUUGUAAGACAAAUUUUUUGAAAGCAUCCUGUUUGCAAAUAUAGUAUGAAAUUUGGUAAAUUUUCAAUGUGCUUGUGGAUUAAAGUAAGCCGUGGUAACUGUUAUGAUACCUUGGUCUACAACAGGGAGCGUGUUCUUCGUCUGGAACAUGAAAAUAAGAAGCUUAAAGAGCAGAUGCAGGGCGAGCAAGAAGAACAGGUAUCGUUCGGUGGAUAGUAUGUUUCUUUGUCGUUUUUGUAGCAUUUGAGCUUUUGCUGAGUUGUAUUAUGCUUCUUACCAUCAGAACCAGCUUCUUCAAAGUCUCCUCAAUGAUGCUAAUGAAAGGAAAGAUCAGUUAGAGAAGGAGAACAGGUGAGACAGGUGCUUUAAGAAAUGGUGAGGAACUAAAGAUAAUAAGCAUAACAGUUUAACCUUUCACUCCCACAAGUGACCAAGACAGAAUUUCUCCUUACAAUAUCAAUACAAUAUCAAGCAGGUAGGUGAUGAGAAUAGAGAAGAAUGUCAAUUAUGGGAUUAUUAGUUGAUCCAAUACCAAAUUCUCUGAACUAACAUCAUAAGAAUUGUAUGGCAGAUAGUAAGGAGAAUUACUAAUUAGAUCUUGAGAGUGAAAGGGUUAAAGGAAGGAGGGGGUUGGAGGUGUGGCAAGUUUGUAACGUUGACUCACCCUACAAGACAUGUGCACUACAGGCUUGAUGUGACACACAGAUAGGGCUAUGAGAAUCAUAUUUUGUCUCAAGCAAUUAAAAAAAAACUUCUCUUGCAGAGAAUUGAAUCAGAAGCUUAUGGAGGUAGAAAGUGAACUCGAUGACAUGAAGAAUCAGAAGAAUGCAGGGGAGAUGGAAAAAGAUAGUGAACUUGGCAAGAAAUACACAGAUCAUCUGUAAGUACACUUUACACUCGAACAUUCAGAUGCAUAUUCUCCAUACUGUUCUCUUUACAUUCCUUGAGAAGCUGACAGGGAGAAUUUGUUUUGCAAUAAAGAGCUUCUUUAGUUUGUUAAUUUCCUGUAUUCUUGAGACCUCAAUGUGUGAUCCAGGGUGAUAUUUUCAGGAUAAAUUGGUUGUUAGUCACUCUCAGGGUUAAAUGCAACAAGACGGAACACAUUUUGUUGUCAAGAGUUGUAAUAGUGAGGGAAUGCAGAGAAGAGAAAGGGGUUAACCUUUACACAUCAGUAUGCAUAUUCUCCAUACUGUUCCUUAUACAUUUCUUAUGGCACUGACAAGGAGAAUUUGAUUAACAUUGAAGGCUUCUUUGGCUGGUGAUCUUAUGGCCUUAAAAUUUGAUUCAGUGUUGUUACUUUAAGGAGAAAUAAGAUGAUAGUCACUCCUAGAUGUUAAAUUUAUUUGUUAAUUUUGUUUCCGAGAUUCAUCUCUGUUGAUUUGGAGACAUGCUAUAUCUAUACACUGUAGGUAUUGAAUUUGAAACUUCAACUUUACGUUUUGCAUCUUGCAGUGACAAACUCAAAGUUGCAAAUGACGAACUGCAGAAAAAGAAAGCAUACAUUGACAGUUUGGAACCAAAAGUUUCCAGUAGUGGUAAGAGGAUAAACUUUUAUUCGUUGAAAUUUAUUUACCAGCUCAUUCUUCGUGUCGGUGUUUGACUGUAAAAGCUUGUGCUGUAAUAUAAUUUAUUUCCGUGAGAUCAUUGAAAUGAAAGCUACAAAUACUUUGAUAUGAUUCUCUUUGUUGCUCUGUUCAUGCUAGUGCUAACUUCAAGUCUGUAGAUGAGACCCCAGUUUGAGAACCUUGCAUGUAUUGUCGGUUGUGUCUCAAUUAAUAGGUUUUGAGGGUUUUCAUCCUUACCCAGUCGAUUGAUGUUAAUGAUAAAAAAGGGGAAUGUGCUGAAAGAGGUGCACCUGGUAAUGUUUACUUUUUGUGUGAUGUUUCAGCGGAGAAAGUGAAUGAACUGCAGGAACUUUUGAAUAAGAAAGAUCAAGAGAUGAAAGUUAUGGAGGAUCGGUACAAGAAAUACUUGGAGAAAGCCAAGAGUGUAAGUUUUAUAUGAUUCACUGGUGGUAGAAUAAUCAGGGAAAUGGAAGGGAUAUUUUGCUGCAAAGUAUUCAAUACCACACACACAAAGUAUACAACACUAUUAUAAAUUCACAAAACUAUGUUUUGUGAAUUUAUAAUUGUAAUUUAACUGAGUGGAGAGCAGUUUGAUCUGAAAUCGUACGAGUGAUCGUCGCUUGUUGUAUUCCUUUAUUUCUCGUUGGCCCCUCCCUUUUUUUGGUUAGCCUCUGAGGUCACUGGUUUCAGUUUGAAGAAUCUCCAACGAAAACCUCUCUAUUUCAUUCCAGUAGGUUCAAUAGUUCUCAGAUCGACGAGUGUCAGUAAUGCCGUGUUUUCAAUUGGAUCAUUUUUCUCUUUUCAGGUGAUAAAAACUCUCGAUCCAAAGCACAGUUCAGGCGCUCAACCUGAGGUAAUUGUUUCAUUUCCCGUUUUGAUUGUCCUUCGUGCUGAAAGUUUUUCCUUAUGGUGAUGAUAUUGCACUAAAUGUUAUGUUUAAUGUGCAUCAAGUCUUCAGUACAUGUAUAUGAACUCUCGUGGAAAGAAAUUCUAACGCAAAGGGCUUUACGCUGGCUCUCUUUAAAGUAACUUUCAAUGCAACAGAUUUUCUAAUUCACCUUAUGCAUUCUCCUAGAUUCAAUAUCUAAAAAAUCAAGUUCAAGAAAAGGAUAAAGUUAUAGAGCAUUUGGAGGUAAAGCGACGUUGUUAUUUUAUGUUUAACAUAUUUUACAUAUCGUAUACUCUCUAUCUCCGCAUAUACAUCACUCUCUUGCUGAACACUCGGUUCAGGAUUUCGUUUGCCACUUUCACUCCAUGGAAGUAACCAGAAAGAAGUGUGACGAGAAGAAGGAAAAAGUCAACUUUGGAAUAUUGGUUGAUUUAACAACAAAUUCUCUGUGUUGAAAUUACAAGAAAUAUAUGACAGACAGUGGGGAGAUAAUAUCUUUACAUGUAGAUCUUGGGUGUGAUAGGGUUAAAAAGUGCCUUGUAGAAUCACCACAAACUGACAGAACGGGAUGUUUUUGGUCGAGACUUGCUAUCUUUGCAAAAGGAGGCCACUAGAUUCGUUUUCUUACAGCUGUGUUUCUUUUAGCGAGAUCAUGAGAAGAUGAAAAUCACAAGAGAAAGAGAAGAGAAACUUAUAGUCAGCGCUUGGUAUGAAAUGGUAAGCACAAUCUGUUACUCUACCGAUAGUGAAAGUCUGUACUCGAGCCAAGUGACCCAUCCAGCCGGACCUGAUCCCGGUUUCCAUAGUACAAAGCGACUAGGAGCACCACAAACACCCCUGCCCCCCCCCCCCGAUAGGAUGCCAGUCCAUUGCAAGGUUACCUCAGCAUUUUAUCAGGCUUUCCUGAGAUUUCGCUUGUACCUAUGUAAACUCCUAGGCGGGAGAGGCACUGUGGGAGUUAGCCCUUUAACUCCCAUGAGUGACCAAGACAGGAUUUCUCCUUACAUUAUCAAUACAAUAUCAACCAGAUAAGUGAUGAGACUAAAGAAAAAUAUCAAUUAGGGGAUAAUUAGUUGAUCCAAUAUUAAAUUCUCUGAACAAACAUUAAAAGAAUUGUAUGGUAGACUGUAAGGAGAAUUUAAAAUUUUAUCUGGGAGUUAAACCGAUAGCGAGUGCUAAGAGAUUGAGAAUACAAUUCAAUGGAAUUUCUUUGCCUGAGAAGAAAACUAAGGGCACUUAUUUGGCGCAAAUACCUCGUACCUCUGAGAGCUUACCUUGUGUAAAGUAUUUUUGGGAAAUUAAAGAAAACUUAAGACCGAACCGCAUAAGGCUACCAAUCACUGGGAAAUUACGCCCAGCCUUGUCGCAGCGAUAAUUUUCCCAGUGUAACUUGGAGAACUCUCGAGAAAAUAUUUGUCUUAGCGACAGAGGUUUGUCGUUGUGACCAGUUGCACAGAAAUUCGAGUUGGUCUGAAUCCGUGCGACUGACUUCAGUGACAAAACCCUGUCGCAAACACAACGAUUUCGCCAAAAAAUUCUCCUUGUCGCCCAAGGCGAACUGUCAUUGGGACUUUUUAUAGAACGGUACGCACAGAGCUGUUUGUUACUGACACUUAUCGCUGCCUCUUGUCACAAAAUGUUUCCUUUCCUCAGGGCAUGCAACUCCAUAGAAAAGCUGCGGAGGAAAGGUUGUCAGGGAACGCAGGGGGAAUGUCUUUCUUAGCUCGACAAAGACAAGCUUCCAGUCGCCGUUCAACGCCAAAUAGAACGCAACAGGCCAACGCUGUCUCGUCUAGGUAA